AUGAUGUCCCAUCAUUUAUAACCAUCUUAAAAAUAUAUGUCAUAACUGCAGUUUAUGGUGUGAGAAGUUGCAUCCAGCUACGAAAUCAGCCGGUCAUGGACGUCAAUGGGUGCGAUGAACAUCAGAAUUAUGAACUACUUGCAGAGAUAGGUGAAGGCGCAUAUGGCAAAGUGUACAAGGCCAGAGAGGUCCGCGAUCAACAGCGACUCGUAGCGGUGAAGAAGUUGAACAUACCCGGAGACACGGAGAGUGGGAUUCCUGCUUUCAUGAUCCGGGAGGUGGCGCUCUUGCGUAAGAUCGGGUAUUUCAACCAUCCCAACAUUGUAAAGUUGUUGGAUGUAUCUGCUGGUCUGAAGAACAGGAGUUUGGACCUGACGCUGGUUUUUGAGUACAUCGACCAGGACCUGUCUACAUUCCUCACCACAGUCCCCAGCACUGGACUGAGUCUGGACAAAAUUAAGGAUGUGAUGGUGCAGCUGCUGCAGGGGCUGGACUUCCUGCACACCAACAUGCUGGUGCACCGUGACCUGAAGCCUGAGAACGUACUGGUCAGUAGCCGUGGAGAGGUGAAGAUCGCUGACUUUGGGCUGGCGCGCAUCUACACCUAUCACAUUGCCCUUACACCCUGUGUGGUGACACUGUGGUACAGGGCCCCUGAGGUGCUGCUCCACUCUGGUUACAUGUCCUCCGUGGACAUGUGGAGCGCUGGCUGCAUUUUUGCCGAACUCUUCCUUUUGAGACCAUUGUUCCGUGGAUACACUGAGGCUCAGCAGCUCCAGAAAAUCUUUGAGGUGAUUGGCUUGCCCAGCGAGGAGGACUGGCCCAGGGAGAGCCCCAUCUCCUACUCCCAUAGCUGGUGCCCCAGUGACCCCUGCACCCAGCUCUUAUCCAACCUGGGCCAGGAGGAGAACAACCUGCUCCUUCAAUGUCUAGAGUUCAGCCCAACCAAUCGCAUCUCAGCUUCCAGAGCCCUCUCCCACCCUUUCCUGUUGUGCGCCUGAGUACUCACAACGUGGCAGGAUGUGGAGAGAAGAUAGGAGAGCUGGGACAGAGGUUAAUUUCCCUUGGAAUCCUCUCACCUAGCCUAUAGAACACUGAGGGUUCUCGUGCCGUAAGAUCCAAUGUACCUAUAUCGAAAUGUAGAAUUUUUGGAAUGGAAAUAAAAGUAAGUGAAAACAUUUAAAAGGAAAAUCUGCAGUUCAAACAAUAAAGUGGGCACCCUACCACUGUUUUGGUAAAAAAGCUGAGGGAUGGGGGUGGAGA